AUGACAUCAGCCACGACAGAUACGAAAACGUUCAGAUGGAUCCUUUUCUACCUGGCCCUUCCAUGCCAUUGGUCACGGAAUCGACCCAUGGACCAGCCUUGGUGGAAGUCCUCCCCAACAAAUCCGUUCCUACAGGACAUUGCAGCGCAGGAAACGCUCCAGCCGUCACCACUACCGCCACCGUACCACUCUGAAUUCGGUCUCCCUCCGCCUUCCGAUCUGGCUCUGGGCAAAAAAGACUGA